AUGCUUAAUUUGAGAGGUAUUGCUGCAUCAGGUUCUCUCCAUUUCUGGAAGAGAGAGACGAGAAUACUGGUGGCUCCGUUUUCUUCUUCUGCUGCUGACAACGCUGACAGGAAGAUCACUACUCCUGCGUUUCCGACUGGAAACAAACCUCCUACUUCUGCUGAUCAUGCGAAGAGCUGUAUUUUCCAGAAGCUGCAGUUUCUUAUCACUGAGACCUUAGAUUUUAUCACAAGGGAGGAAGAGAAGAAGGGUGCUUCUGUCCCUACCAAAGAUGAUCUUGUCAAUUGGGCAAAACAGCUUGAAAAAGACGGCAAAAAUCAUUAUGCUCUCGAGAUCUUUGAGUGGAUGGAUAAAAAGAAGAUGGAAUUUUCUCCUUCGGAGCUUGCCUUUUUCGUUGAUCUCAUUGCUCAGACUAAAGGCAUAGAUGCGGCUAAAGAAUACUUCAAUCAAGUAGAACCAGUAUUUGACCGAACUAACACCCGUGCCAAGAAUUGGCCUGCUUUCGCUAGUAUUAUGCUGAGGAUGUGA